AUGCCACUGUUUCGACCAACAUUUGCCUACGCGCCGGACGCGAACCGCGCCCUUUUCUCUGCGUUCAUCCGUAUGUCCCUUCAGCUGUCCAACAAAUUCCUGAGGACGAGCAGAGGUGAGGAGUUGAAGGGAGUUUCUCAAAAUCAAGGCCCUUCCUGCUUUGGAGCGGUAAGCUAGACGGGGAGCUAGCAAAAGUAUGCCAAGCAUACCUGUUUUCUAGUCCCUGGAGUCUACAAUGUUGCACUGAUCUCUGAUAUUUCGUCCAGACCUGAGAAACUACGAGAAGUCUCUGCUUCGACUUCAGCUAGUGGGAAGCGCCCUUCAGAUGCACGAAAACUUAGACUUUUAUGGCCUUUCUAUGUCUCCCCCAUUCCUUUCCCAAGACGCGCUGGCAUAUGCUGUCUCGCCCUUUGUAUAAACUUUAAUACAUUCUAAGUUUUCCAAGUAAUAUAUCGGGUACAGGAGACCUAGAAGAAAGCACUGCGACAGCUUCUACUUCCGAACGAUGAAGGUGGCGCGCAAACGUUUCGUGUGAGGAGAUGAACUUCGCACAGAACUCACGGGUGCCAUGACCCAGAGCCGAGUUGCGGAGCGUUUGCACGCAGGCAGAGUAUGCUUAGUGUUCGCAAUCUUAUCUCAGUCAGUUUAUUCCCUCUUCUACCUCUGACAUCCCCCUUCCCGACCGAACACAGCCCGCGGAAUCUCGACGCGUUGGUCGCACAUUCUGCGACAGUUCUCAUUACUUCCCCUCUAUGCUUUCAUUGAUCCGAUUACAAAUUCUUUCAAAUGUGGGAGUGUUAAUACCAGCCAGUCGUCUGAUUGCUUCCUGUGUUAAUGUUCACAUACCUAUUACAAAGAGAAUAUGUCGCAUUCAUGUGUUCAGUAGAAGAACUUGGGAAGCAAAACUUGUAGCAAUCAAUUUUUACAGGUAAUGAUGUAAGACGAACUACUGAAACAGCAUUGGUUCGACACCGGAAUAGGGAAUCCGCCGUAUUACAGGUGGCUUUGGCCACAUUCCAGGGGGAGUCAGCGUUUCUGUUGGGGUUAGGAGGGAUACGGUUAUGAGGGUCAUGAUAGUUGGGGUUAUGAUCAUUAUGGCGAAUGCUAAAAUUGGAAGGUUGCCAACCGAAGGGAUAACUUGGACCCCACAGUCGACCCAUUGUUCUGUGUUUGUGUGCAGAGGCCGAUUGGUGGUCUAGGAGUCAGGCUGCAAUGGCUCCUUCUUAAUGCGACCUUUAUGGCAUUCCCACUCUGUGAGAUCCGAACCAGGUGUGACGGCACGCAUAGGUGCGGCUCCAGCCAUGCGAGCGACUCUUUUGUUGUUGGUCAAAAUCCUGGUCAUUGGAUGUGUGGACCAAGGGGGCGUGGAGUGAUGCGCCAAGGUGCGGGCUCGACCGUGCAAUCCACCUGUGCCCUCCCCCGCCUCCGGUCUUCUUGACCAUUCCUUGACAGCGGGUUCAGGUUGGGGAGAAGAGAGUACAGUAGAUGCUGUGCAAGUCUACAUUCACUUCAAACUAAAUAACGCGCAAGUCAUCGUGCCUGCUCUUGUCUUGCUGUGGAGCACACGGUAGACAUCGUCGACAACGAUGGUAGAACUGCCGAGUGUUAAGAUGGGAGCGUAGGGGUGUCCAGUUGUGGGUCCAUGUGACGGUCGUAGUAGGUCACUCACCUGCUUGCAGGGGUUGAUUACACCUAGUGUCCAUUACCUGGCACCAAACUCUCAUAUGUGGCUCCCAGAAUCCAGGCUCUGCCUAGCGGCCACAUGUGGUAACCGUCUCAAUCGGCGGGCAAAACCAAGUGAGGGUAUCCGGGUGUGUAUCUCCACACACGAUAAUUCUGUCCCCUCCCACCACCGCUGGACAGAUGGAUUUCCGUACCGCCAUCUCCCAGAUGAGGUUUCGUCUGCAAUCCGCAGGAGGCCACAGGGUAAUUUGCUCCCUAGGUAUACUGAAUACCGCUUGGUUGUCUUUGCCUGCUCACUCUUGCAUUUUCAGCACCCAGAAAGCUACCGACCCAGUGGCUGGAACACCCACCCCUUCUAGUUCUUCGCACCAUCUGCGUCCUCCCCUUCCAUCCUUCGCUUUCUAUACUCUCUACUCUAUUUUACUGUCUUAUCUCACGGUCGGAAGUCCUACGGCGAAGGCGACAUGUGAUCAUGCAGGCAGCCCAGGCCACUAGUCGUUCUUUCACUAAAUUCCUCCGUGACCCAGAGUGGAGAGCGGCAUCCGUCUGGUGCGACAAAGCAGCCCUAUUAAGGGAGAGCACUGCUUUUCCCCGCUAGAGGGAGGAGGCUAUAAAAGAGGUUUUAAACCAAGCUGGGUCUACGACAUCUGCGCGCAGAGCGUGACUCGCAGACUGCCAAACAUGCGGUCAAAACCAUCAAAACAGAAACACUCUCUCCUCCCCUCUUCCCCAUCCGACAGGCUGCUAGGGUGAGUCCGAUCACUCUGGCAGCCUGGAAUGUUCGUUCCCCUUUAGAUAACUCCAGGAGCAACCGGCUGAAAUGGAGGAUGGUGCUAGCCGCUCGGAAACUGGCGCGCUAUAAGGUAGACGUCACUGCACUCAGCGAGACCCGUUCCUCCGAGCAAGGCGAACUGGAGGAUUUGCGUGUCGGCUACACCUUCAUCUGGAGCGGUCGCCCCAGGGCAGAGCGAAGUGACGCGGACGUCGAAUUUGACAUCCGGAACAACACGGUCCUGUCUGCCGCAGGGCAUCAAGAAUAUUUUGAUGAGCCUCCGUCUGCAAGGCAAAUUUGACAUCAUCAUCAGCGUCUACGUCUCCCCGAUGACGAACUCUGACGCUGCAAGGAACAAAUUAUACGAUGAGCUGCGUACCCUCCUGGCGAUUAUGCCGGAGACGGAUAAGUCGAUUGUCCAUCGUGACCUCAAUACCCGCGUCGUCGCAGGCCAUGCUACAUGGGGAGGAGUGCUGGGUCCUCACGGUAUCCCCGGCUCCAACGAUAUUGACUUCCCUCUCUUGCUAACCUCUGCAGAACAUUGCCUCAUCCUGACCAAUGCAUUGUUCUGACUUCCGACAAGAGGGAAGAUGACCCGGAUACACCCUCGGUCGAGAUGCUCGCAGGUGCUGAACUAUGUCUUCGUCCAGCGGCGAGAUUGGCAGGACGUGAUGUUGACUAAGGCGAUCCUCGACGCUGAUGGCUGGACGGGCAACUGCCUCAUCUCUAAGAUGAGCAUCAGUCUACAGCGAUGCCGGAGACCGUAAGGUAAUCUGAAUAUUGCCUUGCUCAACUGCUCACCGUGUCCACUUCAGCAGUGAAUUAACUCAAUAGCUAGCCAGCCUUCUAGUCACCAUCCCCGCCGCCGCCGCCGCCGCCGCCGCCGCCGCCGCCGCCGCCGCCGACGAGAACGCCUCCGCGGAUAAUCACUGGUGCCAACUGAGGGACACGGUCCAGUCAGGUGAGUUGAAUAUUGCCUUGUUGCCUUUGCCUGCUCCCUACCUCCACUUCAGCAAUGAACUAGCCCAAAGUUUAGCCAAUCUUCCAGUCACCGCCGUGGCUGCCGACGAGAACGCCUCCGUGGAGAACCGAUAG